GCGUACCGAAGAAAAAUAUCCGCUGCCUUCAUGUACAUUGCGGUGCUUUAAUGUAUCUCGUAGAAACUGUAACUUGUAGAUGUGUCAUGUCUUCACGAUAUGAUGUCAGAUGAUAUGUUACCCCUCCAAACUAAAUGUGAAAUGUCACUAAACUUUCGUCUUUGACUGAUAGAGACUGAUUAGAUAUAAAGAAGAAGGAAAAAUAAGAUAUUAAGAAAUGGGUUAGGUGGAAGUUCGCAUAGCUGUCGUAACAAUGUUACUGCGGCUGUUAAACAGAAAUACUUCCGGCCUCGAGUCAAGUGGGCAGCUGCUAAUCCGUGCGGGGAUGUGAGUGGGCGUCCCCCGGCGUAGGUUGUGACGUAUUGAAGCCGAGGUGGGGCGUUGCCCACAACAUCGGGCCGAGAUGGGAGACCGCGAGGAGCGUCAGGACCUGCUCGUGCGAGACGGUUCGCACGAGUACGACGCCACCUCCGGCGCGGGGGCGGUCGGGCCCGGCGGCUACUGCAGCGACGACGACGAGUGCGAUGCGGACGGGGGCGGUGUCACCCUGUCGCCGGCGAGGGAGGCGGCGGAGGUUGCGGCCCUCGCCUUCAUGCUCGCCCUUUCGGCGGCGGUGGCAGUCGUCUUGCUGCCGCUCUACUUGGACACCGUCGCCUCGGUGGGCGACGCCUACACCGCGCUGCUGUUCACCACAAUCGGUUCGUCAGCAGUUCUGCUGCCAGUGGCGUGGGUGGCAGGGGGCGUACGCGUGGGCGGCUACGGCAGCGCCGGCAUCGCCGGCUACGCGCCACCGAGCGUGCGUUUCCGCCUGCGGCUGCAGCCGCGGCGGCGCUGGCUGGUGCCCCUGAGGGACGGGUCGCUUCUGGCCCUGGCGGGCUUCCUGACACUGAGUGCUCUGCAGGAGAAGCGGGUGCCGUGCCACGCCCAGGACCCGCUCAAGGGGCUCAUCAUGGUCGUCGCUAUCGUACACUAUUUCUUCUUCUCACACAGGGUGGUGUGCCUGCGGCAACUGUUCCUGAGCACGGGGGCGGCGGUGGGCCUGUUCGUGGCGUGCGACUACGCACUGUGCGACGGGUACCGGUGCCGCGGCUGGGAGCGGGACGGCGGGCGGGAGCAGGACGAGGGCCCGCCGCUGGGGCGCGGGCUGCGCGCCGCCUGGCUCGUGGCUUACCUGACGGGGCUCACCGUAUGGACGCUGGUGGCGGGUGCCCUGUCCGAGGGCGGCGAGAGGCCGUCCGCGCCGGGCGCGGCACUGCUGCACGCGGGUCGCCUGCACGCUACGGCACUGCCCCUCGCGCUCUUCCUGUUCGUUCUGGAGCUCGUGCCGGGCAUCGCUGGGGUGAGUGCGAAGAGCUGA